CAAAGCAAGAACCCUAGCAAAUUCGAAUAAUUUUCGCGGAAAAUAUUUUUCAUCCAAAUCACAUAGGGGGAAACCCCCCCUCCGCACACUACUGACUUUGAUGUAUAUGUACAGAGCGACCCAUAAGUUCGACGGAAAUUUUGAGAAAGAAAAAUGUUCCGAAUAAGCAAGCGCGUCUUCUAAUUAAUGUAAAGGCGUAUUGUUCUUUUAUGUGAACUCAAUUUCGCUCAGUCACACUGCUGAUUUCAAUUAUAUUCAAAUUCAAAAGCAGCGACGCGCACAUUAUGGAAUUUUCUGAGUUGAAAAUGGACCAAGUCAACAAGUUUACGAUAAAAUGCAUUUGAAGUUGAAAUACGUUGGAUAAUCAUAUCCGUCACGUGGACGCACAACGUGAUUUUCCAUUUACUCUUCUUUUCCAUCGCCUCAAAGCAUGCGUGAUAGACUGCGCUUCAGUAACACAAUCUCAUGCACACUUAGUUCGAUAUAAUGCACAAACAUUCAAUCGGUGUAAGCAAUACAUAAACUACACAGUGCUCAUUGUAUGUGAUCGGUAGAAACAGAAAUUUUCCACAUUUCGGUGCAGGGCUUUCACCAUCUCGUCUCACAAAUCAUCGAGCAGCUGAAGCGAAUGGACGCUUAAAUUUUUUAAAACUACAGAAGUUUUUGAUCAGUUAAUUUUUUUGUGAAAUAUUCCUGUUUGUCUCAUUUUAAAUGCAACUAAUGUGAUCAAAUACGUAUUUCAAGUGAAAACAAGUUUUUAAUUUGGAAAUUAUCGAAAAAGAUAUUUUAAUGAAAAACGAAUUGAGAGAAACGUUGGCCAGCCACUGUAUGUAUGAAGCCGUUAAUCGAAAAUCAACAUUAUUCAGUGAAAUCACGGAAAAAAUGUAUUCCAGUCAUCUGAAAAUCGAUAGUACAUUCUCUGCUUUAGGAAAAUCAGUUGGUGAUGAUUAUAAUGUGUCCGAUCAGGCAUUGGACGCACUCAACGAAAUCUAUUGUAAGCUAACAUGUGAAGAUCAAACGUUGCGAACGUUUCGUCGUGCACUUGGAUUGGGACACUAUGUGCAAAAUGAUUUGAUACCAUUUCUGGUGAAUGUUAAGGAUCCCAAACUGAUCGAUAUAAUGAUUCGAAUAAUGGUGAAUUUAACGAUGCCAGUCGAAUGUUUAUUCUCAACAAAAGUAAUGAUGCGCACCGAAAUUGGUCGUCACACUGUAUCUGAUUUAACAAUGCUAUUGUCUAGUUGCAAAGAAUCGUUUACAGAUGCUCGUGCAAUACGUGCUGUCGUCGAGUAUAUGAAAAAUGUUAUUGAUAAUGGAAAUAAAUUGCCAUUCGAACAUUGUGAUAGAAUCAAUAAUUGCCUUGUAUUGCUGCGCAAUAUUCUGCACAUUCCAGAGAAUGCCAAUCAAAACGAACGAAAAACCCAUACAGUAUCAAUGCAAAAUAAAAUCAUUUGGCAUUUAUUCAUGAUGAGCAUUGACAAGCUACUGCUAUUUUUAAUGUCAUGUUCACAACGUGAUUUUUGGAGUGUGACCAUGGUACAAUUGAUUUCGGUUAUGUAUAAGGAUCAACAGGCAAGCACAUUGCAAAAAUUGCUAAAUGUGUGGCUAGAAGAUGCUCUAUCAGACAGUUCAGAUGAUUUUGAAAGCAACACAACACCACCACAAAAGGAGAACAGCGGCGAAUCGAGUCCAGUGCUUACGUCAGAUCCAACGUCUGAUUCAUCGGAUAAUGGAGGUGGAAACGGGAAAAAUGUAGACAAAUCGAGCGAAAUGACUCGUCGUAGUCAGGCGAAUGUGAAAAGUGUUGAGGCGGCACUGAAUUUACAGUCUCAACAGACCAUGGAACAGAGUGAGAACAUAGACGAAUCAACAACACAGACAUUGACUGAAGAACAAGAUGACAAUGACGCCAAACCAAUUGAAGAGCAAAGCGAACAAUCACCAUGGAUUAAUCACACUGGCCCAUCUGAAUCACCUUUGACUGUAUCAAACAACAAAAAAUUAGCAACAAUCGUUGAAAACGUUGAAAAACGUCCUAAAUAUCCAUCGAUACAGGAUCAAUCGGCCAGUGAUUGUGGAUAUGGAACCCACCCUGAAUCGAGUUCGAUUACAAGCAGUGAAGAUCAGCCGAGUAAAAAUGUUCAUCAGAAGCCACAACGUUUUCAUGUGGUUAAAAAACCAUGCAAAGUUUUAUCAGUGCAAGAGCAGAAGAAGAAGAAGCUUGUUAAGCGUAGCAAAAGCAGCCUUAUAAAUAUGAAAGGUCUCGUUCAUCAUACACCAACCGAUGAAGAUAUUUCAAACAUCUUAAAAGAAUUCACUGUGGAUUUUCUAUUGAAAGGCUAUGGUCAUUUGAUGCAAGAAUUAUAUGCAAAACUUUUGUCCGAUUCAGAUAUGCAAGCACAUAUUGAUACUUCACAUUUUUUCUGGUUGGUGACGUAUUUUCUAAAAUUUGCGGCUCAACUUGAAUUAGAUUUAGAGCACAUAAAAUGCGUUUUGUCAUAUAAAAUUGUUAGCUAUCUAACGUAUGAGGCGGUUAUUUUAUACGAACAACUGGAGCUCACGUCACGUCAUUAUGAAAUCGACCUGGAAGCAAGUUUGCGUCGAAUGCAUUUGGUCGUAACUGCCAUAAGGGAAUUCUUACAAGCGCUUAAUACCUACACAAAUAUCGGUCAUUUAAGUGCUAAUGACGUCAAACAGCUUCGAAUGUUGCAGCUACAAAUCAGUCUUACUGAAGAUUUGAAACAAUUAUUCAUUCUUUUAAUUCGAAACUAUAAGCCAUCGAUUCAAAGUAAACAGUAUCUACAAGAUUUAAUCGUCACAAAUCACAUAUUGCUGUUAAUACCGGAUUCAUUUGGAGAUGCCGAAGAUCGAAAAACCAAAUCCAAAUUGAAAGAGCAUAUUCAACAAUUUGCAACCGUCGAGAUGAUGCAGCAGUAUGGCAUUCUUUUGGAAGGAUUUUUGGAAAAUGGCGAAUUCGUAAAUGAUUGCAUUCUCACGAUGAUGUAUCAUGUGGGUGGUGAAAUUGGAGCCGUCACGGCUCUAUUUUUACCAAUCAUAUUGAAAACAUUUUCGAAAAUUUGGGAAACCGAAUACGAAUUAUGUGACGAUUGGUCUGACCUAAUAUUUUAUGUAAUGACAAAAUUUAUAAGUACACCUCAGAAACCACCACUAAAUUUAUCUGCUGCAGCCGCACCAUCGCUUAUCGUUGAAAAUCAUCUCGAACAGCUGAAUGAAAAAAGUUUAUGUAAUUGGAGUAAAGAAGAAUGUGACGUGCUCUAUUGGUAUUAUGAGGAGAGUAAAUCAUUUCCAGAUUUGAUUGGGCAAAUGGUGAAACGUUUCCAAGAUAGUAAUUUCAAGCCAAAAUAUCGUAUAGAUGUUAUACAACAGCUUUUGCAACAGGAUAUAAUAAAUCGAAUGGAAUUUAAUGCACUAAUGAAAUAUGAGAAUGACGAAUUUGAGCGAAAUUUUCAAGUGAAACCAAAUGUACGAUCGUCAAAUGAACCAAAUACUUCAAUUGGUAAUUCCGUUCGAUCACAUCAACAAGCUGAAAAGUCGCGAGACGACAUUCAAAUUCUGAAGGAGCGAUUGCAGCGUGAGAAUAAGGGAAAUCAUAUAAUCUGGCUGCAACGUAUUUUAAUCGAAUAUUGUUUUGCUAAAUUAUGCUUUUUGAAAAAUCAAUUUGUUGUUAAAAAUUGUGACGAAGUGACAAUUAUUGAACCUGUUCCGCAUCAUUGCAUUCUUAAAAAACAAUCAGUUCCAGUCGUUCCAUAUAGCAUUGAACAAACAAAUAUUCUUUCCUACGAACCGUUUAUACUAUUAUUACAUGGGCUGGGAUUGCAUUUGCCCGUCGAUGCUGGUAAACUUUUUGUCCGAAUUCCAGAAUUUUGGACAGCUGAUAUUUUAUACAGUGUUGCUGAAAAACUUGGUCCAAUCGAUAACACGGCUCUUAAAUUUGACGUGAAUGAAUUGAGGGUGAAGUCAGCUCAGUUUACAAUGCAUGCAUCGAUAAAUCAUGAAGAGAAAAUUGAUAAAAAUGGUGAUGUAUUCACCACAAAUGGCGAUUUAAAUUUUGCACUACCAACAAAUAUUCUCAAUACAAGCUCGAUUUUAAAUCGCCAAAUUCAUACCAGCCGAUCAAAUGCAAGCCGCAAUGUGACAAGUACCAAUGGUUUUUCCGGAUUCACCGAUCAUUUAACUAAAUCAUCAUCAACAACAUCAACACUUCAACAGCAUAAUCCUGACAUGUGUUUGCAUUUUUCCAGUUCUGUAUCCAUUUCGAUUGCAUCAAAUGCAAUUUCCAUUGUUCAGUCGAGUAAGGUGAGCGUAUCGAGCGAUUGCGCCAAUGUUAAUAAAGAUUCCGUCAAAAUGGACAUCGAUACAGACUCAUCAGUUACCUUCCGAGCUGGUACAUCUUUGGAAUUGAAUGACGGGAAAAAAGAUGAUCCAAAUAAAAUUAGUUCACAGGCGUCAAAAUCACUUAGGUCGAAAUGCUAUGAAACAAAUGGUGAACAUGCCAAUUAAAUCAAUUCCCAUCAGUAGUAACUAUAAACUCUAUAAAAAAAUGUACGACUUAAGACAAAUCUAUCGAUGAGUUUAAAAUAAUCAAGACAAUUUGAAAUUGUGAAAAUCACAGAUAAAUAGAGUCUAUGAAGUAAUAUCUCGAUAAAUAAGGCACAUAUAGAAUGAAAAGGUUCAGAUAAGCAACCAUUAUUUUUAAGUUUAAAACACAAUAUCAGUUUGAGUAUAAAAUAAUUUUAUAAUGUGAAAAGAUUUAUCUUAAUUUUUAUUUGAUUAAGUUUCAAUUAUAAUGCAAACAAAACUGAACUCAAAUAUAAACCAGAUCACUUUUUUAAAGGGAACAAAAAUUAAUUUUUCUCAUCAAUUAAAACUUCUUUCGGAUAGGAAAUAGGUUAACAUUUUCUUUAACUGUUAAGACUCAUAUACUCUUUGAAUUUCAAGAUCAUUUAGUUUUUCGUUAUUUUUUUUUACUUCAUUUAAUUAUUAUAUGUGUUGAAAUUCGCUUAUUUUAAAUUUGCCAACCAUGAAGUUUUAACCUACAAUUGAUAAAUUGUACGAAAGGCACCAACCGUUUAAGUGAAUUUAAUUGGUGUAAAGAAUGUUGAACUAUGUUGAAUGUAUUAAAAUAUUGACUAAAAAAUUGCCGGACAAAUGUGUAAAAUAUCAUUAAGUAUAUGAGAUUCUACAUAAGAAAAACAUAAAAAUUACAUCAUUCGCAAUAGCAUAAAUCCAUUGGAUAAUUGAACCGCCUAGAAUAAAUCAGCAUUACUAGAUAAAUGUCUUCAAAUGCGUUAUAUAAAAAAGUUCGCCAACAAAAGCGUGACAUCGUCCAUAUAUUUUAUAACGCUUUUGCUGACUAACUUUUUUCAGUAACGCAUUUGAAGACAUUUAUCUAGUAAUGUUGAUUUAUUCUAAGGGAUUCAAUUGAAAAUUAUCGGUUUGCCAAUUUUAUCUUUAACUCACCAUCAGAAAUGCAUUUCAAUCUUGACGAAAAAUUGAUAAAUAAAAGUUAAAUUUGGGAAAUAAUUAGUUUAAGUUUUGAUGUUAAUACUUAACAGCUCUCAAACAAAAUUUCACCAAUCAAAAUCGGAAAAUGAUGACAUGAAUUUAAUGUUGUAUGGUCAUUGUAUGCUGAAAACUCUAGUGAAAACCUUAUUGAUUGACUCAAAAUUAAUAAUAUUGACUAAAAUAUAUAAAUCUAAUGAUAAUCUCAAUGUCAAGGAACCAAUAAAGCGUCAUUUCGUAUAGUGUACAAAUCAA